AUGGAUGUCUACACUUCAAAUAAACAGGCUGAAGCAUGUAAGAUUGUUCUAAUACUUGCACGUGUCCUUUACAGUCACGAAAUUGAGCCAUCGACAGAACCAGAACCGCAGGAUGCCCAAGAGAACACAGCCCUACCUGCGGAAGAAGACAAGUCCUUCACGCCCAUCAUCUCAGAACCUCCCAGUACUCCCAAGAGUCCUUCAGAUUCCAAAUUCUCCAAAACGUACUUGUACAAGACCCUCUUUGAAGAGUACAAACUCAUUGCUUCUGAAAUACUUUACAAACUCGAGAAGACAUUGAAGAAGUAUGCUCAGGAUGGCACGGCUUUCCCUGUGGGACUCCUCAACCUCAUGACUUACAGCUGGCCAGAUCUGAUUGAAGACUCUUUUAAGGACGAGCCCCCAGAGAAAACGCUGGGACGAGACAGGGAUGCGGGAGGGGAGUCCACCUCCAUGACCAGCUUCCAGUUCAAGGAGGGCAAAGUCAACCCAGAUGCAAAGGAACACCCACAAGAGGAAAGCCCACUGGUUAAAGCGAGAAAGUCCUCCCAGGAGGUGCUGAGCAAACCUUCAGAAAAAGCAUCUUUACUCAGUAACACCCAGGCAUCCCACCAGACCACCCAGGUGAGCAGCAUACCCACUGUCAUCCACUUCUCGCUAACAUCCAAGAUCUGCUUCGAAAAUGGUAAGACCCCCUUCCUCGUCAGGGCCGACGCUGCUGUAGGCACAGGGGGGUCACUUCUGUCUCCCAAGUUCAAGAGCUUUUUCUGAGCUGUCCUUUUAUUGCAUCCUCCAUCAGAGUGAGACAC